AUUUGUGCGUCGCGGCUCGAACAACGCGUGGCCAGAAAUUCUUCUUAUUUCCCACUUUAUUUGGGCCUAUUUUAAUUUUUUUUUUUUUUUUUUUUUUUUUGGUUUUCACUUACUCUGCAAUCUACUGACACAUUUUUUCGACGCAAUUUACGGGCACGAUUAAUUGACAAGUUGUUAAACAUAUCUAUUAAAUGCCAGCAACCUUUAAAUAGCCCGUGUGCACCGCGUAAAAAUUAUCAAUUAAAAUCAAUUAACAAGCAGCGGCGGGAAAAUAAAAUAAAAUCAAAUUUAAAUACAAAUACAAAUAACAGCGAUGCCGGGAAGAAAAAAAAAUCACCACAAAAACAGCAACAGAACCAGACAGCAGCAGCAGCAGCAGCAGCAGCAGCAAAGGGGUCAGCAGUCGAGGGAUAAGCAGGAUGGUCAAAACGAGCACAGGGACAUCAGUCCGUCGCCGGAUGAGGAGAAGGCGAAGGAGAAGCUGCCGUACCGCAUCGCCCAGUCGGAUGUGUAUGGACGAUAUCUGGUGGCCAGUCGUCAGCUGGAGGCAGGUGAAAUGCUGAUCCGCGAGGAGCCUUUGGCCAUUGGGCCCUGUGUGAGCGGAGAUCCCGUCUGCCUGGGAUGCUAUCAGCCGGUGUCCUUGAAGCGCGACCAGUAUCGUUGCCCUGGCUGCGCCUGGCCACUCUGCGGCACCAGCUGUGUGGGCCUCAAACAUCGGCAUGGUCACACUGAAACGGAGUGCCAACUGUACGCGGAACGCAGGGCGGUCGCCGGCGAACUGCUGACGGAUCGCGCCGGUCCGGCGGAAGUGCGCGACCUCUACGAACUGGUGAUGAUCGUGCGCAUCCUUCUGCUGCGCCAGCACGAUCCGGAGCAGUUCCAGCUGAUCGCCCGCAUGGAGUCGCACACGGAGGAGCGGCGUCUCAACCAGGUCCUCUGGCAUCACUACGAGGAGAAGGUGGUGCAGCGAUUGCGUUCGACCUGGCAACUGAGGGACUUUGAGCCGGAACAAGUGCACGAAAUAUGCGGCAUCCUGGACGUUAACUGCUUCGAGAUCGGCCAGAACGGAGCCAAGGCGCGGACGCUAUAUCCGAGCGCCUUCCUGCUCGCGCACGACUGCACCCCCAACACGGCGCACACGGACGACCCGGUGUCCUUUGAGAUCCUGCUGCGCACCUCGCGGCGCGUGCGCGAGCGGGAAGCGCUUACGCUCAGCUAUGCGUACACGCUGCAGGGCACGCUCAAGCGGCGCGCCUUCAUGCACGAGGGCAAGCUCUUCUGGUGCGGCUGCCGGCGCUGCGCCGAUCCCCGCGAACUGGGCACCGACUGCAGCGCCCUGGUGUGCGCCACCUGCCGGACGGGAUCGGUGCGGGCGCAGGAUCCACUGGAGCAGACCGCCGACUGGGCCUGCGAUCGCUGCUCCCACAAAAUAGGAGCCAAGGACCUGGAGCGCCAGCUGGAUCGCAUCAAUGACGACCUGGAGGCCAUCGAUGUGCACGACAUUCCCGGGCUGGAGAACUUUCUCCUACGAUAUCGGGAUGUCCUGCGACCGAAUCACUACCUCCUGCUGUCGGCCAAGUACUCGUUGUGCCAGAUCUACGGCAGGAUAGAGGGAUACUUGCUGCCGCAGAUGUCGCCGGAGGAUAUUGCUCGCAAGGAGACGUACUGCCGCGAGUUUCUCGAGAUCAUAGACGUACUGGAUCCGGGACUAACACGGUUGAGAGGACUCAUCAUGUACGAGCUGCAUGCCCCUGUCAUGGUCCUGGCCCAGUCGGCCAUCCAGAGCGGACAGAUCUCACGGCAAGAGUUCCAGCGUCGACUCAAGGAGGUGGUCAAGCUGCUCCAGGUCAGCCGGGAUAUAUUGUGCCUGGAACCGGAAGGAUCCACGGAAAACGCCAUGGGACUCGCAGCAGCCGAUGCCCUCGUUAAAAUGGGCUGCUAACUGAAACUAUUUGUAAUCUAACUGCGUUCACCCCUAAGUAAAAUGUAUCUCAAAAUGCAAAUAGCAAAUACUCAA